CUUGAGUGUGCAACAGCAGUAAACUAAUAAGUCUUUUUCCUUACUUCUACUUGUAUAAAACCCUUCUCCAGCAAACAUGAAGUUCGUCGUCGCCGUAGUCAUGUUGGCUCUUGCCGUUGGCGUGCACUCAUCUCUGUUGACAGCCCAUAUCGCACCAGCCGUGUCGUAUGUCACCUCAUCACUGCACCCAGGCCCCCUACUCGCGCAUGGCGCCUACGGCGGACUUGGAGGACUCGGCCCAUGGGGCGCACCAGCAGCAGUUAGCGCAUGGGGUGUUCCCGGUCUGUUGGCUGGCUAUCCCGGCAUUUCGCUCAGUCAGGGUCCACAUGGUGCUGGUAUUGCUGCUCCGCUCGCCUUGGGACAUGGUGCUGGUAUCUACGUGGCGAAAACACGCGGUGCUGUGCAUACUGCCCCCUUG